CUUCAUGCGCGAUCGAAAUCAGCGCAAUCGCACAUCAAAUAACUCAUUUUGCGCAGAGUCGACCGACUCAAUACUGCAAUCAUGAAGCUCGUCCGGCGACCGCAGCGCACCAAGUCCCAAUACAUUACGAGACGAGGAUGAAGAAGAAAAAGAAGCUCCGGCUGACCACAGACAUAUAUUCAUGAUCGCGCCAUCAGAUUCUUGAUGAAAUGCCACAGCGAGACUGUCACGAUCGAGCUGAAGACCGGCACCAUCAUCAGCGGCACCAUCGCGUCCGUCUCGCCGCAGAUGAACACCAACCUUCGCAAUGCGAAAAUGACGCCCAAGAACGGCGCGCAGGUCGCGCUCGAACAUCUCAGCAUCCGCGGUAGCACCAUCCGUUACUUCAUCCUGCCGGACUCCCUGCCCUUGGACACAUUACUCAUCGACGACGCGCCCAAGCCGAGGAACAAGGCGCGUAAGGAGAGCGAUAAGGCUGCGAGCGGACCUCGUGGUGGAAGGGGAGGUGGUAUGCGUGGUGGACGAGGAAGGGGAGGAGGACGAGGUAGAGGACGUGGCAGGUUUUAAGGGAACGAAGCGAGAUCUCACCAAAGCGGUGCAGAUGAAGGUGCUGGGGAAGAGGCGACUUGGAAUCUACUGCUGUUGGGACUUGCUUGAUCUGCGCCAUCGACAGAGUGCAGGCGGGCGUCUCGAUACAACCAGUGACUUUUCAUGGAUUCAAGUGCAGGCACUCGUUCAGCCUCGACGAUGCUC